CUUGCUCAGUCACAUGACAUGCUUGAUUCCUUUAUGCCAGUCCCUUUGUUUGGUUUUCAAGUGAGACCCCCUCACACAAUAAAUAGUCCAGCGCUGGCAGGGCCAGCGUUCUUUCUUUUUCUUCCUCAUGCUAGUAUUUCGCCAGAUAGUCUGCCAAUAAACUCAUAAUGCUUGAGUCUGUCACAUGAUACUAGCAUCGCCUUAUUCUUUUUUCUUUUCAAACCUCUUCUCUAGCGCAUACAGCUAGGACUCUAUCAUAGAAUCCACACGCUUGCGAUAGGGAACCCCCAACCGAACGAACAAAAGAACUGUAUCAGUCAGGAUGGCACGAGACGCCACUGAACAAACCCAAAGACAACGUGUGACUCUGGACACGAAAGAAAAGGGUCGAAAGAUCAUUACACAAGAAGAAUUCCUGGCACUGUGCCGUGACCACCCCAACGAGCUAUUUGACUAUGUUGCCGAUACAUUCAACCGCAUGAUUGAUCUCGAGAAUAGAUACCGUGAGCAGAUGGAUGAAGAGUUUGUCCAGAACGUUCGCAAUGAGUUUCAGGACAAAGAGAGACAGAUUGAUGAAUUGAUGGCGGAACGGGAUGAGUACAAGACAGCUUACGCAGAGGCGCAGCUGCGUUCCCGUGGUUCCACUGUGGAAAGCACCAAGUCAUCAGGCAAGUCUGAGAAGGUGCCUGACCCUCCAAUCCUCACUGAUGGCAAGGAGCCUGAGUUCGAGGAUUGGAUGAUUGAGAUGAAAGGAAAAUUCGUGGCCAAUGCAGAUCAUUUUCACAAUGACCAGAUGAAACGAGUCUAUCUUGUUUCCCGCACCAGCGGUCUAGCACGGCAGCAAUUGAGCAUCAGAUUGUGCGAAGAAACCACCGAUUCAUAUACCAGUGUUGAACAGAUGUUCAAGGCCCUCACUACUGCAUUCUAGAACCCCUACCGACGGAUGGAGGCUGAUGCCGAACUCCAGACGUUGUACAUGCGUCCUCGUGACAAAUUCCCUGAGUUCCUGGCCAAGUUCCUACGACUGGCGAAUGAGGCCAGGAUCCCUGAUUAUCGUUACAAGAUCGAGCUCAACCGACGACUCACUGACAAAGUCAAGGAGCUAUCUCUUCCCUAUAUUGGUGAUGAUAAGACUUUUGAUGAAUUUACGGCCUAUGUGGGUAUGGUAG